AUGACAGAUACAAAGACACCCGGGGGACCUCCCCCAGCUCAUGACCAGGACAACGCCGAGCAUGGGGAAGCACGUCGUUUGAGCGGCCCAGUCCGCCGCCCUGGCCAGCAGCUCGACAUUCCCAUUAUCAAGCAUCUUAACUCGAAGCGGGUCGUGCUCGCAUCGGCAUCCCCUCGGCGGAGAGUGCUCCUGCAACAGAUGGGAUUGAACAAGCUCGAGAUCAUACCAUCCACGAAGCCGGAAGACGUCGACAAGGGAGCAUACGGUCCCUGGGAGUACGUUGCCGAAACCGCUCGCCGAAAGUGCCUCGACGUCUACACGACUUGUCUCGAGACCCAGCUCGCCUCCAUCCCCGACCCUGCCCUCGUCAUUGCUGCCGACACAAUCAUCGUCACCCGCGAUGGCAGGAUCCUGGAGAAGCCGCGAAGCGAGGCGGAUCACGUGCGCAUGCUGAAGCUUAUGCGGGACACGGAGAUGCACAGAGUCCUGACAGCCGUCACGGUCCUGGCUCCCCGGGAGGACGCGAGACACCCGGGUUACACGAUCAGGAACCGCACAGAGGAGACCAAGGUGUACUUUUGGGGGGAGAAUGACGGGCUGCCGGAUGACGUGAUCGACGCAUAUGUCAAGACUCGGGAAGGCAUCGACAAAGCCGGUGGCUAUGCUGUGCAGGGCAUCGGCGGAAUGCUGCUGGUUGAGAAAAUCGAGGGAAGUGUAGACAACGUCGUCGGAUUACCUGUAAGGCGAUGCCUGUCUAUGGCAGAAACAGUCAUUUUCCGGCAGGACGAGGACGACGAUGCCGACGCAGAGCGAUCUGAUGACGAGGACCUGUAG